AUGGAUCAAUACACUUCUAAACUGUCUCCUGCUGUUGAUUAUGGUGCAGGAACGUUCUUGCUGGUGGUUGCCAUACUUUCUAUCUUGGGCAAUGCAGCCGUCCUGGUAACAGCUGCCUGCCGCCACAGCGUUCUCAAAGCUCCUGAGCUCCUCACGGUCAAUCUGGCCGUGACUGACAUUGGUAUGGCUCUCAGCAUGUACCCACUCUCAAUCGCCUCUGCUUUCAACCACGCCUGGAUUGGAGGUGACCCUUCCUGCCUGUACUAUGGCCUGAUGGGAAUGAUCUUUAGCGUGGCCAGCAUCAUGACCCUGGCCAUCAUGGGCUUAGUGAGAUAUCUUGUGACAGGAAACCCUCCAAAAUCAGGCAGCAAGUUUCAAAGAAAAACUAUCAAUAUAUGGAUUGGUGUCAUCUGGCUGUAUUCACUGCUGUGGGCAGUGUUUCCUCUUCUGGGAUGGGGAGGAUACGGGCCGGAACCCUACGGUUUGGCCUGCUCGGUGGACUGGGCUGGAUACCAGCACUCCUUAAAUGGCUCUUCGUUCAUUAUGGCUUUGGCCAUCCUAUGCACCCUGAUCCCAUGUGUGGUCAUCCUGUUUUCCUACGCUGGCAUCGCCUGGAAGCUCCACAAGGCCUAUCAGUCCAUCCAGAUCAAUGAUAACCUGCCCAACUCUGGGGCCGUUGAGAGAAAGGUCACCCUGAUGGGCAUUCUGAUCAGUUCCGGCUUUAUUGUGUCCUGGGCGCCCUAUGUGUUCAUCAGUAUCUGGACCAUGUUUCACUCUGAUGGCAAAGACAGCGUGGCGCCCAUUGUCAGCUUGCUACCCUGCCUUUUUGCAAAAUGCUCAACGGUGUACAACCCUUUCGUCUACUAUGUUUUUCGCAAAUCUUUCCGCAGAGAGCUUCGACGGAUCUGGAUGUGUUGUUGCUGGAACGCUGUGAGCAAAAUUACACUCUGUAGAGAAGCAGAAAGCUCGGGGGAAACUGGCAGGGCACAAGAAUCAGCAGAAGAGUGA